CCGCGCCGCCAGCGUGGACUCGGUGUUGUACCUGACGGCCUACGCUCGAUGGUCGAGCUGUUCCCUGGCCAAAGCACCAGCAACUUCAAAUACAGCUUGAUGACAGAGGAAUCCCACUAUCUAGUCUGAUAAUGACAAGUGACGACCAGCAAUUCCUGGACCUGCUUGCGUCCAUCCCACAGGACAUGGCCCACUACGGCAGUCGCAUAGCAGACUAUGUCGACAAGCACGCCAAUGCCAUUGCCAACGAUAUCCGCGACGCCAUCGACCGAGCAAGCUGGAUUCCCGACUCCCUCCGGCCUCCGCGUCAACCGGGCGGCGGAGGCCAAGGUCCAUUUUCGGCCCGUCUACCUCCCCCGCCUCAAGGGAUCCUCCAGAAGACGACUGCUUGGGUUUCCAGGAACCGGACCACGAUUGCCAUAGUUGUGGCGUUCACAGGCACAACCCUAUACCUCAUCCACCGCAGGAAGAAAGCACAUGCGAGAAAGAGACGGGCGAAGAAACUACCCAAUGGCGCCAAAAAGGAGAUUGUCAUACUCGCUGGCUCGACCUUCCACGACGCACUGACGCGCUCAUUGGCACUCGACCUUGAACGCAGAGGCUACGUGGUCUAUAUCACCGUCUCCUCGACCGAAGAAGAUUCCCUGGUACAACAAGAAGCAAAAGCUGACCUCCGUCCGCUCUGGAUUGAUUUAACAUCUACCGUCCCUAACCCUGCGGUCGACGUGCAUCCGAAUCUGGAAUCCAUCCGUGAUCUCCUCAUAAAGUCAUCUCGAUCUUCAUCACCCAGCAGGAGCUCGCACCGCUCAGGCUCCUCCAUGGGGAACAUGACGUUGGCCGGCCUCAUCGUCUUCCCCGGCUGCUCAGGAUACAGCGAAGGACCACUAGCAUUGCUCCCACCUUCCGAUAUAGUGGAUACAGUCAACACCCGCCUCGUCUCGCCUCUCUUGACAGUCCAGCAAUUCCUUCCCCUACUGGCAAACCACAGUCCCGACCCGAAGGCCCCUUCAUCAAUCAUAAUUGCAUACCCGUCGAUUCCGCACAGCCUUUCCCCACCACGUCAAAUCCCAGAAUGCCUUGUUACAUCAUCCCUCUCAGCGCUUGCAGCCUCACUAAGGCGAGAAAUCACGGCAGCAAAUGCAAACAUCACUGUUUCAGAACUGAAGCUUGGGAACUUCGAUAUGGGCUCCGUCACUUCCUGGUCAAGAACAACGCCCACUCAGUCGACGCUCAAUCCCGGUCCGUCGUCAGCGCUUACGCAUAGCAGCUCUCACUGGCACUCGUCGCAACGUGCUGCUCAUCAACGCAAAUCACUCGGCCAAAGGAGCUUCAUCCGUGGCUCCUCAGCGAGAGAGUUUCACAACGCGGUCUUCGAUGCACUUGCUCCGCCGCAGACAUAUAGACCAUUCGGGUACGCUUCCCUAGAAUUCACUUCAAACACAAGACCAAACGUCAUUUUUGUCGGCAGUGGUGCCAGGCUUUAUGACUAUGUAGGCAAGUUAAUGCCUGGCGGACUGGUUGGGUUGAUGAUGGGAUGGAAUCGAAAAAGGACAGCUUCACGGUCUGAGGAUGAGAUGUCCAAGUCCAUGAGACUUGAUGCAAGUGGUAGCGCGAGCGGAAGUGGAGUCGGGACUCCUGCUGGCGCUGGCAGCUCAUCCGUGGCAGGACAUCCGCUGUCGGCCUCGGGCUCAGCUUCGGCGUCCGCGUCGGGAUGGGGGUUCCAGUCGUUGAGCAGUGAGAGCGGCAUCUGGGAGAAGGUAUGAACAGGAUGGAUAUGAUCCAGUUGUACCAGAGGGAUGCAUGAGUGUUGAUUUUCGUUCAUGUCCUUGGGAUUUGGCUAUUGGGUCUUUGUCUCUCGCCUGCAACCCAGGAGGAAGCAAAGGCGGGACUUGACGUCUUCACUCACUCACUGAUUCAUUCAUUCAUUCACUGACUCAGUGACUUGCCUCCUUCGGUACAUACACUGUCAGUCAUCAAUUCCCUUCUCAGUCUUAGAACGUUAACAUUCCAACUCGCUUCAAUUUUCCGUCUUGAUCGGACGAUGACCAUAUUAGUGAAUGACCAGAAAGAAAACCGAAGAGAAAAUGCCACCAUCUCCAAGUCACCAGAGACUGCCCAGGGCCAAGAAUGUCUCCCGUCCUCAUGGGUUCUGGCUCUGACAGAACUUCAAGUCCUCCCUGCCCGUACGAUCAGUCAUCGCUUGCAAAUGCCAGUGCUCAUAAUGUUAAGGCCAAUGCCAACAUCAAUUAUGCCG